CAGAUUCACGUGUAACAACUACUAUUGAAGAUAAUAAAUAUACAAUAGUAGUGAAAGAUCUUCGACCAGAAGAAGAUGAGGGUGUUUAUACACUAAAAUCGGAUCAUUUAAUUCUUGAUACACCAUCCAUUAGUGUUAUUCCUGAAGAAAAGAAACCUCAAAGUGAAACUGUGACAAUAGAAGAAGAAACAAUCACCAUUGAAGCUUCACAACCACAUGUUGUUGAAGAAGUAGUAGAAGAGACGCCUAAAGUCGAACAAGAAGAAACACAUCGAAGUGAAAUUGAAGUUCCUGUUGUUAAAGUUCCUCAAGGUGAUACAAUAACUAUUCGUAUUCCUGACUCAAAAACAACAGAAUCAAGUGAAAUAAAUCUAUACAUCAAUAAUCAACCAGUUACAACACUUACGGAUGAAGAUAGUCGUAUCACAAUUGAAAAAGAUGGUAAAACGGACAAUUAUGUUGUUGUUUCAGAUGCUACUCCAGAAGAUGUUGGACGAUAUACAGUUGAAUUUAAUGGAAAAAUGCAACCACUUUGUAUGCUUGAAGUAACACCAGGUCGAGAAAGAAAAUCUGAAGCAGAUAUUCCAUUACAACAAGGUGUUGUCGAAGAAAUUGUAGAGGAAGAAGAAGAACAACCAGAAGAAAUUCCUACACAUGAAGUUGUCGAAGGUGAUAGUGUUAAUUUAGUAAUUGAACGACCAAGUGAUGCAGAUGUGAAACAAACAUUUUUAUUACAAAAUGAUAAAAAACUUGCUCAAAAUACACGUUUAACAAUUAAACCAGUAUCAUCAACAUCAACUGAAAUAACUUUAGAAAAUGUUAAUCCAAAUGAUGAAGGUACUUAUUCAAUACAAUUUGGUAAUCAACCAAGUCAAAAAUUAAUGAAUUUAAAAGUUUUACCUAAACCUAUUGUUCAUGAUGCUCU